AAUGAAAUAAAGACCAAGACAGAUCGAUGCAUCAAAGCCAGUGCUCACCGUAAGCACUUUGGAAGCAUUCAACAAUGCUGAAGGACAAGAAACAGAUAUUAAAAACACAGAAUAAAUCAUUACUCCUGAUUAGCUCAUAAAAGAGAAGUAAAAUUACAUAUAUCUAUUUAAUUACUAAAAGAGGACUUCAAGGAAACAGAAUUCACCUUUCUUAAAUGUGAAUUCUCUUCCUUGCUCCUCUAUACCUGCCUUAUUUAUUUUUAUAUUAUACUCAUUAUUAUUUAGACCUAAAUAAUUUGAAGAGCCCUCACUCAAAUCCCAACUUCCAUCAAGAUGUCGUGAAGAUUACAUAGUAUAUAAGGCGCCUGUAUAUCCAGAUGCUACUACUUACGAAUUAACUGACGAAGAUGUUCAUUUUCUUUCAACCAUCAAUGAGAAGCUACAAACUCCCAUUACUAUAGAUGACUUUGAAAUAUAUCUUGCACUUCUUGAUGCUAAGAGUGGCAAAGAUGUUGAAAUAGAUUUUAGUGAAUUUCUAAAAUUGAAACCCAAUUUACCAAAAACAAUAAAUCAAUAAAGUAUUGCUCUCUAAGAAUAGCUAUAUACUUAUUUUAAGAAACAGAGACAACACUUCUCUCGUUCACUUACAAGAUUCCUAAUGCAUCCAUAUUAUGAGGAUAGUAAUCCUCAUUUAGCUUUUCGUCCUAGAACAUAACCUAUGGAUAGAACUAUGAAAUUAAGAAGAGGUAAUGCCUAAAACACAAGAGGAGUCAAUGAAAUGGAAAAUUUGGGUUAAAAGAUAGUAUUGUUAAAAAAAGAUCUUUUGCUUGUUUCAAAUAUCAUAGAUUAGAGUAUUUAGAGAGAAAAAGCUAUGGAAAUUGAAAGGAGAUUAAAUUUUUGUAAAUUCAUUAAAGAAUUUUUUGAUUCAUCCAAAAAAGAAAAGGAUAAUAAUACAGAAAUUAGAUUAUGGCCUAAAGAUUGUUUUGUUAGGGAAUGUUUAGAUAAAUGUUCAAUUAAUAUUGUUGAAAGAGCUGAUGAGAUGUUUGAUAAUAUUUCAAAAGAAAUUCUUUAAUGGAGAGAAUUAAAUGAAUAAUAAAAAAAAGAAAAAUUAAGAAAAGAAGAUUAGAUUCUUAAAUUUGAAAAAUAAAUUGAAGAAUUAAUUGUAGAAAAAUUAAAAUUCGAAGAAAAACCACCUGUUAUUGCACCCACAAUAAUCCCAUAACCUUUAUAACCCUAAUUGCCAUAAAUCCCUGUGAUUCCUUAAGAACCUCCAGAUGAGAAGAUGGAAAGUGUAGCCAGAUUUCUAGCAACUUUAUAUUUAGAAGCAAGAAAAUAUCAAUUAACUUUUGAUUAAGUGUUAUCAGAUUCUUUUCCAAUUUAUAAAAUUUAGAAUCCUCAGCAAUAAGUCAAUUCAAAAAGUAUAUUUCCUUUUUCAUUGAUGCAAAUUGAAGGGAAUGACAUUAUAUAUAAAGUUAGAAAGGAUAGUUAUUUAGAAAGAAAGCCUACUGCUUAUUGGGAGAGUUAUUAAGAUUAACAAUUAACCAGUACAUUAUAUUAUUAGCAUCAAUAUUUUAAAGAGAAAGUCAAUGAUAUUAUGGAGAUGGCAGAUAUGGAUUAAAUGGUUUAUGCUUAAGGAGUAGAUGAUGAAAAAUUGGAUGAAGAGGAAAAAUUAUUUAAGAAAAAAGUCAAGAGUGGUUCAACCAGAGUAACAGGUACAAAUGGUGGACAAUUAAAGUGA